AUGGAUCCGAUUGCUGCAGUGAAAGAUGGAUUUAACCAAGUUACUAAAAGACAAAAGCAUUACCACUCCACUUCCCAAUUUGUCAUUGAUCAAGCUUUUGAAGGAUUCGUAGACUCAAUGGUUCAGAUCCUAACCAAGAACGACCUCAAAACAGUUCUUAACGAGCUGAAGCUUAAGCUUGACUCUCUUUCACCUAUUAACCAGCUCCAAGAAUCACAAAAGGAAUGUAACACCAGUCUCACAAAGUUUGAGAAAGCUCUUGGAAAAUCUGAUAUGUUUCCAGCCUCCAGAAGCAUUGAUUUGGAUCACAAACUAGUUGAGAAGAUGCUUGUCGAGUAUUUUUACCGACAAGGGUUGUUUGAAGUUGGAGAUUGUCUGGUUAAGGAAGCUGAAGUAGAAGUAGAUGAUUCACUAAGUAGAGCUCUUGAAAUCCACCGAGUAACCCAGCCAUUGAGACAGAAAGACAUAGAGCCUGCGAUGAGAUGGAUCUCUGAGAACAGCGAGAAGCUGAAGGAAAACGGUCCAAAACUGGAGCUGGAUCUCAUAAGUUUAAAGUACUGGGAGAUGUUAAGACAAGGCAAGAGUUCUGAUGCUUUGAGGUUUGCAAAAACUCAUUUCCCGAAGUAUGCUACACUCUACACUGGAAAGAUACGGAGGCUUAUAGUUGCUCUCUUAUGGGUUAAAGAUCUUGAGAACUAUCCUCAUGCAGAGGAGAUGUUUUCAAUGUCUUGGCACAAGACAAGUAAAGAGCUAACCAAACAAUACUACAAUCUCUAUGACCAACCAUCUAGUUCUCAGUUAGCAGUGGCGUUAUCAGCUGGUAUACAGAGCUUACCUAAGAUUUUGAAGCUGAUUCGUGUGAUGGGUUUGAAGAAAGAAGAAUGGGAAGAGAUGAAACAGCUUCCGGUUGAUAUGGAGUUGGGAGAUGAGUUUCAGUUUCACUCGGUUUUCGUUUGUCCGGUGAGUAGAGAGCAGAGUGAUGAGGAGAACCCACCGAUGAUGAUGCCAUGUCGUCAUGUUCUUUGCAAGGAGUCAAUCUUGAGACUCUGCAAGUGCUGUAGUACUCGCAUGUUCAAAUGCCCUUAUUGUCCUGCACAGACCACAGCUGCAGCAUGUAGACAGUUAUACAUUUGA